AACAUACAAACAAUGAGUAAGAAUAAAGGUGUGAGUAAGGAUGUUUAGACACCACAGUUUUUAGAGAAGAAGCCUUAAAGUCACCAAUCAUAAAAUUUGAAUCCAAGGCUUAAGUAACCUGAUUUGAAUAGGAAAUUGUUGACAAUGCCAAUUGAUGCCAAAUAUAAGGCUGUGUUAGGGCCAGACACUGAUAGCUUAGUGGCAUAUUUGAAACACAAGAAGAAGAAAGAAAAGGCAAUAUAAAAAUUGAAGGAAUCAGGCAAAAUUCAAAUAGUAAAGGAGCCCAAACAAUCAAUCGAUAAAUCCUUGCCUUAAGGAAUUUAUGAAACUGAGGAAGGCAAAUUAAAAGACAUAUCUGGAAAAAUUAUUCGACUGAAUGAUCAAGCUAAGUCUCUAAAAAUAAAUUAAGAAAGGUAGAAGCUGGAGAAAGUUUAAGAAAUGUUGAAAAUUCAAAACAAUUUAAAGGAUGCCUUAAAUGACAAGGGACGAUUCUUAGAUAAAAAUGUCACGAUUUAAAGUAGUAAUAUUAGAAGAUAAAAAAGAAAAUUAUUGGCUUUUAAUUUUAUUGAGAAUGGCAAUAAGGAUGCUGAAUAAGUGCAACAAGGAUCUAUUUAAAUUGAAAACUAAGGGGAGGAAAAGGAGAAAGUAGUGGAGAAGGACACAUAGAAUUUAACAACGACCACAAGUCAAACUAAUUUCAAAAGAGUUUGUGUGAAGAUGAAGCAUCAUGAUCCUAUUCCUAAUAUAGAAUGGUGGGAUAUGCCACUAUUCCCAGAAUAUCAAGCUAAUUAUAUUCCAAUAAAUAUUGAAAAUGAGCAGGAACACAAACAACCUGCCACAGCUCACACUUAAGAAGAAAUUCAAAGGAAUAUCACAUUUUUAGAGUAAUUAUAAUACACAGAUACGACAAUUUUAUUGGAUAAGAUAACCAAAUUGCUUGAGCAUCCAAAACCAUUUGUUAUUAGUGAAUUAGUGUAGAAUAGAGAAAAGGCUGCGUUGCCUUCUUUCUUAACGAAAAAGGAAAGGAAAAAGAGGUUGAGAAAAAUACGUAUGGAUAUUCAGAAGGAGAAAUAAGAUAAAAUUAGAUUGGGUUUAUAGAAACCAUCUCCACCAAGGAUAACUUUGUAAAACAUGAUGGCAAUUUUAGGAGCAGAAGCAUAGAUAGAUCCAAGUAAGGCUGAACAAGAAGUAAGAAGAUAAAUCUAGGCUAGAUUAGAUAAGCAUAUCAAGUAGAAUGAAGAAAGAAAAUUAACUAAAGAAUAACGAGGAGAUAAGUUGAAAUUGAAAUGGUAAAAGGAUGCUGCAUAAGAAAUUAGAGUUGCUGUAUUUAGAAUUGAUGAUGAUUUGUCAUCAGCUAAUUUGGAAUCCAAGAAAUUGAAGUUUAAAGUGGAUAUGAAUGCUUAAUAAGUAAGUUUGCAAGGAGUUUGUUUAAUUGCUGCUUAGAAUGGGUAAUAGGUUGUGCCUUCAAUUGUGGUGGCUGAAGGAGGACCGAAGGGAAUUAAGUUUUAUAAAAAGUUGUUAUUGAAUAGAAUAAAAUGGAGAGGCGAUGAUUUAAAACCUGGUUGUACAUUAGUUUGGGAAGGCGUGUCUAAAUAACAUGCAUUCAACAAGUGGAAAACGAUUGAAAUAAAAAGUGAAGCUGAAGGGAAGAGAAUUUUGGCAGAGAAGGGCGUUGAACAGUUUUGGGAUUUGGCUAUGAAUAAUCACCAAAAUUGAUUGAGUGAU